UCCAUUGGUUGAUUUGAGGGGAAAUAUUUCCUAAAAUACUGUCAUUGUCAGGAAGAUUUACCCCUUUUCCCUCCAUUUUAGGGGGGAGAUUGAAGAAUUUGGAAUCACUAGUUGAUUACACGAGACUGAGCUGUAUUCAAGGAUAUCAUGAAAUCGAAGCAUAAUGCCUGAGGAGGGCAGUAUACGCCACGAUGAGGCCAAAUUGCUGGAAACACAAAGAAGAAGAGGAGGAAGCAGGAACAACUCAAGUCGGACGAGAAGAAGAAGAAAAAUGGCAUACAGCAGGUGCCGGAGCACUGUUUCCUUCUUUCUUCUCAUUAGUUCGUCGAUAUUUGUCCCCGCUUGCAGUCAAGACUCGACAUUGGACACCGGCUAUCGUAUCACGGAGCACAAUACUGAACAAAACGUCGAUAAAACGACCGAUCAAAAAACUUGGGAAGCGACCCAGGUUGGAGAAGGGACUUCUAUCGACCGACAGGAACGUUCAGACCCGGUUUCUGUCCACUCUUCAAGCGGUUCUGCACAGAAAGAUGAUUUUCAAGAGGAGCUGGUCAUCAGGCCGCUACAGUCGGGGGAUAUUUACGCGAGCUUUCAAUUCCGUACCCUGUGGGAAACUGAUUUCAUGGGAGGAAACAAAGUAUCCCACUACCGGUUGUUCCCCAAAUCCCUGGGACAGGUCAUCUCUAAAUUUUCCGUGCGUGAGCUGCACAUCUCCUUCACACAGGGCUACUGGAGGACAAUGCAGUGGGGGCAACCUUAUCUGCCUUCUCCCCCUGGGGCUGAGCUCUGGGUCUGGUUCCAGGACUCUGUAACAGAUGUGGAUCGCAUGUGGAGUGAGCUGACAAAUGUUUUGUCGGGGAUCUUCUGCGCUUCGUUGAACUUUAUUGACUCCACCAACAGCAUUCAGCCAAGCGCCUCCUUCAAGCCACUCGGGAUAAGCAAUGUGACCGACCAGCGUUUCCUUCGCUAUGCCACUCUCCCACGCGAGAUUGUUUGCACUGAAAAUUUGACACCUUGGAAGAAGCUUUUGCCAUGCGGCUCCAAGGCAGGACUAGCAGUCUUGUUAAAGUCAGAGAAGCUCUUCAACAGCAAUUUUCAUUCCCAGGCAGUACAUGUACGACCUGUGUGCCAGGGCACGCAGUGCGAAAUCAUUUCAUGGGAGCUGAGACAGACACUAAAUGUUGUUUUUGACCUUCACACUUCUGGACAAGGCAAAAGAGAGUGGUCUCUCUUCAAGAUGUUCUCCCGCACCCUGACAGAGGCAUGUCCUUUGGCUUCCUCCAGUAAAAUCUACGUUGACAUUUCAGACAACGUUGAGGGAGAACAGUUGGAGCUUAGUCCUCCUACUCCUCUGCUUAGCUCAGCGGUAGUGCUAGGGGACAGACGGACCUACUCUGUCUAUGACCUAUCCCAACAAAGCACCUUUGGCCCAACACACUCUCUCAACCUUCUGAUUCGCUGGAAAUCUAGUAACGGUCACAUGCUGCGCCCUUUGCUCCAUGCAGAGCGCUAUGUGGCGGGCUAUGGGCUGCAAACAGGAGAGAUUCACACACUGAUGUACAACAAUCACCCAUACAGGUCGUUCCCCGUGCUACUACUGGACUUGGUGCCCUGGUACUUUCGUCUCUACAUCCACACCCUUACUGUCACCAGCAAGGGGAAGACUAACAGUCCCAGUUAUAUUCACUACCAGCCAUCCAAAGACCGUGUGAAGCCACAUAUGCUGGAGAUGUUAGUGCAGCUUCCUCCCAACUCUGUCACGGAGGUUACAGUGCAGUUUGAAAGAGCUCUCCUCAAGUGGACUGAGUACACUCCGGAUCCCAAUCACGGCUUGUAUAUUGGGUCUUCUGUUGUCAGUUCUCUUGUACCAAGCAUUGUUGCCAUGGACACAAAUGCCACACAGGAACGCCCUCUUUUCAGCAAUUUCUUCCCCAACAAAGAAGAGUCCAGCUACUUUGUGCGCCUCUACACUGAGCCUCUGCUGGUGCAACUACCCACUCCAGACUUCAGCAUGCCUUACAACGUUAUCUGCUUGACCUGCACUGUGUUGGCUGUGGGUUAUGGAUCCCUUUUCAACCUGCUCACCCGUAAUUUUCAAAUAGAGGAGCCCACCCCUGGACUGGCCAAACGGAUUGCCAACGUAAUCCGGAAAAUAAGGGGUGUCCCGCCACUUUGAGACAUGUUGGGACAGAUGACCCACUCUACUUCGUUACUUUAGUUGAAUCCACUGGUAAAUAUUCCCUUUUCAGGGGAUAACUGAUUGAUUUUCUUCUAUUUGUCCAGAAUACAUGUUUACAUAUGGUUGCCUAAGGACAUGCAAACACAAUCUUUGUAUUGGAUAUGGAUGUAAGAGAUGAUUUCUGUAGUUGUCAAGCGUAAGGAAACAGGUGAGCAGAAUGUUUGACUUGACUAGUAGUUUUAGUUACACUUGAGUUUCUCCGAACAUACACAGUGCAGUGUCUUCCAACCUUUAUCUAGCCAAGAAGAUUUUAACACAAAAAAAAAAACCCUCACAUUACAUCUCCAAACAAACGUUCUAAAAACAUCAACAGGUGAUAAAUAUAUCUCAAUAUACAAAAUAUUAAUUAAAAAAAAACUUAUUAAUUCAAUGUAAAAUAUGGCCGUUCAGUUGAACUCAAAGAAUUUAUUCCGUUGUAGAUGAACAGCGUCAAGGAGAUACAAAAUAUAUUAGCUUUUUCUCUUCUAGUAGGGGACUAUUUUAAUGUUCUUCCUUUCACUUUAAAAUGGCAUGAAUAGAGGAACAACGAAUUUAUUAGUAAUUUAUUUUUUGGGGGGGGCGGGGGGUAUUAAAGCAACACGAGGUAACUUUUGAGUUUGAGUCAAUUUUACCGACGCCGUGGGACAAAAGCGGUAGUGUUUUCCCUUAAGGAACACCGUUUUCCAUGAGGACCAGUGCACACCCACACAGUGUCGUAAAAUCACGAUCUCCCAGUCACCUGCAGAUUAAUUAAACGACAAUUCUGUUUUCAGUGGCUAUGUAAAGGAUGACUAGUAAUAAGCUAAUGAAUCCUGUUGUUGCUAAACAAUAGCAUAUGACGGUUAGCAACCAUGUGGCUAACGAUCGAGCCCGGGCCGGGUUGGGCCCAAAAUGUCAAUUAUUUACGUUCGGGUCAGGCCGGACUUCUCUCUCGCUAACUUUUUAUAUAAUAAAUACAUAUUUAUCUAUGUAUACUAAAGCGAUGUAUGUAUGUUAAACUAAGGAAUACUUGUUAUAAAAUAAAUAAAUUGGAUAAAACAGAGGAAGCCUGCGCACGUGAACACGGUGGCCCCCCCCUUUUUUUUUUUUUUAAAUGUUCCCCGCCUGCCCUGACGCCCUCCGGGAGUCCGCAUCCUGGUAUUUCCUUUUCGAUAUGGAGCAGUAAGACGUGAAAAACAAACUAAAAACGGGGGAAUUCAAAAGGUAAACAUGCACCUGUAGGAGUUGGGUAUGGAAAGGCUUCAAAUUGAUUGUUGAAGAUGCGAUACAGAAACCUGUGUCGGCUUCGCUGAAUAUAAACAAAUGUGGCGCUUUGCUCUCGGGAAAUAUAACAAACUUUUCCAGCGUCAUUUUGUUGUGUAAAUACAUUUAUGAUCAUAAAAAUAUGUAGACCACUUAAACAUUAAGAAAACUUGCGUUUAUUUUUCCUGCCAACUCGGAGAGAUUAAAUGUCGAAAUCCACUAUUAGCCUGAUAGAACAGGCACACAAAUGUAAAAGAUAUAAAUGUUUAUUGAAUAUGCAUCUUACAGUCUUGUUUAACUGGGAGAAUUUGUUACAAAAGACUGGCUUUAAUUUGUUAUCAUUAUGCACAGGUAUCGUCACAAAUGUGAUCACACAAAACAAAAUUUCCUCCUCCUCCUGAGUCCUCACAAAUAUAAAAAAAUUCUUUUUUUUCAGGCUCGUGCCUACAAAUAAAACAUAAAAUUUCAUGUUUUUUGGGCUCGCGCCUACAAAUAAAACAUACAAUCUCGUUUUUUUUUUCGGGCUCGGGCCUGCAAAUCAAGUUGGGGUCGGCCUGGAAUUUUUUUGGCCCGAUCUAACCUCUAGCUACCGAUGACGAGUUCGGUUGUGGGGGGCAUCACGCCAGCGAGUGAAAGCUGAGCUAACAUUUAUUCUUGAGUAUCCUUUUAUCCCUGGUAGCCUUUUUUUCCCUUCUCGGACAAAACUUUUUGUCUCUUUUGUUGCUCUGCCAUCUUUGUAGAAUUUGCAAAAGCGUUCACAUCGACGUCAGUGUUUAUAAUGAAAGGGGGAAGUGACGUAUGCUGUAACGCAGUCAGCAGAUGAGUAGUUUUUUUGUGUGGCAGGGUUCCUGACACCUUCCUCAAAGUUAGAGCCGGUGAAAGCGAUACAGACUCCCUCAAGAUAUAAAAGAUGUGUCUUUCAACUAGUUCUCAGUCGCAUCAUAAAUGUGAAGAUAUUUUGUUACGUUGAAAAGUUACCUAGUGUUGCUUUAAGUGGAGGUGGAUAAAUUCCAGUGGCACAACUGAUGAAUUCUAGGCCUCUUGCUGUGGUGCAGCGAUUCGAAAACACUAUGCUAGAGGCAGUGACGUGCGGUGAGGUUCAUGGUUGGUGAGGCACUGACUCCUUUAGUGUCAGAUUUCCAAAUAUAUAAACCAAAAAGGGUAGCUUAUUCAAUUGGCUACUGGUUAUUUCAUAUCUCAUCAGCAUUCUUUACAAAACAGGCACACACGGUACAUAUUAUCGAUACGUAAAAGUAAGAAAAUAACAUGCAUUUGCUCUACACCCUCAAUGUGUUGGCCGUCACCAUUCUAUAAUUAAUGCAACAUAAAUGAGAGUAAAGAGUGGUGUACAAAACCACAGAAUUCAAUUCUGACCUUUAGUGAAAUAUUCAGUUGUUUUUAAAACUUUUAAUUCUGAAACUUUAAUCAAUUUAUUACAGAUUGCUAAACAAAAAGUGUGAAAAGAAAAACAAAUAAUAUUUUAUUUAAGGCCAAAAUUUAGUUUUUAAAUAUUCUAUUGUAUUUUUCUUGGUCCAAGCUUUUUUUUUUUUUUUUUAAUUAAAUAAGAUUGAAAUGAAAACUGUUUGUGGUCUUGUGCCUGUCCUUCACCACAAAAACCGGCGUUACUUUGGAAGAGCAUAGGUUUUGUCUCAACAUUCGUAGGGACGAUAUAACAGCAUAACCUGCAUGUAGGUACACUUUUUGCUGGGGACGGGACAUUAAUUAGACCAAACAGAUUGGAUGAAGGGGGCAAAGGGCCACAUUUCUAAUGUAUAUGAACCUAAUUAAUUAAUAGGCAAAAUGAUCAAUGCAAAACAAAUCCUUAUCUACUGAUAAUAACUUUUACGUGCAUUGGUUUAGAUGAUACACUGUUCAAUUCAAACCUUUGUUUUCAAAAAAUACUAAAGAAACAUUUUGAAAACUUCCUGAAUAAAUGUCUGGUUUUUAUUAGCAAACAUAAACAUAGUGAAAAUAAUUCACUUAAUAAUGGUAGGGUCAAUUCUAUCCUUACAACAUAUGGAACUAUUGAAAGAUCUAAAUUCUCUAUAUAACUGAACAUUAUAUCAUGCAAAAAAGGUAAGGUUGCUUAAAAGUUGGUGGGGACAAUUUUAGCAUGCUGAAAAGUUGGUAGUGUUAUGUCCCUACCGUCCCUAUGCAAACCUACGCCCUUUUAGUAAAAGUCCUCCUUAUUUUCCUUUACUUUAAAAAAAAAAAAUCUCUCCGCCUCAAUGGAGAGGAUUGCUUCAAUUAGAUCGUUCUGUGUUCUAUUUGACAUGCCAGAAAACACAGUGGAUGUGUCCAAAUGUCUAGCUAACCUUUCAUCUUUCUCAGCAAAACCAUGUAAUCGUUCUACAUGUAUGCCACUUUUAGAAGAGCUACACGCUCAUCGUUACCACGAAAUGUUAACUCCUGUUUAGCUAGGAUGCAGGUUGCAUUAAUGAGGUCUUUCAAACUCUUUUCUUUACCUUAGCUUUUGAGGAUGCUACCGUUGAGCUUCCGCUGUUCGUCAAAGCCAAAUCGAUCCUUGAGCUUCCAAAAGUUUUUAAAGCAAACAGGCUUUGAAUGUGAGUGGUCGAGCUCUCAUGUUUGCUGAGGCUUCGUGGUAGUUUUUUAAUGUCACAAUAUCUCGUGUUAGUCCAGACAUUGGCACAAGUUGAGAAGAAAAGGCAGGGAAAGCAGCAAAGGCGAUUUUUCGAAGGACAGCCACAUAGACAGUCUUUUCGGGUGUACCAGUCCGUUUGAAAAGCGCGAGUUAUCCUCUGUCCCGUAGUUUGAAGCAAACCUUUUAGCUCUGGCGUUGUGUUAACCGCGUCCACUUUUAACGGAAAGUCCAGUUUCACGUACGCCCCCUUGCAGUGCGGCAGAGUACUAUCUGCCGCAGCCUGUGUCUUUUCACUGCGGUUUUAUUUCCCAUCAGCAAAACUAAUUAUGUCGCUAACAAACAUUAAACUUUAAGGGUUAAAGACAUUAGCCAGACUGAGGAAAAUCAGGUCAAAUAAACGUAUCUGGAAACAUUAUAAUGGCGACAUGCAGAUGUACGGCAACCAGCACGCUCCAAUUCCAUGUAUCAACCCAGUUUGUUAAGGAUUGCGCAAUCAGAGGUGAGGCUUUACUCGUUGCUGCCGCACCUCUCGUUUCAUUUCUUUAUUUGAACAGGAAAUAGGCAAAUUCAGCGAUUUUGACUAUAAAAAAUGUUUGAAAUGAGUCAUAAAGAAAGAGCAAAGGACAAAUAUUAAUAUAAAUUUGAUGCUAUAAUUAUUUUUUUGUCAUGAUGACAGGUGAGGCUCUGCCUCACCUGCCUCCCCUGACCGCACGUCACUGGCUAGAGGACUAAUUAAGACCAAAUUUCCCACACUGUAUUUUUUAUUUAGUUUGCACUGAUGUCUAAUAUUAUUGGAGGCCAAAAUUAUAAAUGGCAACUGAGAUUUAAACCUAACAAGUGUUCUUAAUUUUGUUUUGCACUCAAUGUGAAAUGCUUUCGGCUAUUAUUUGGCCAGUUGAGCUUCAUACAAUGUAUUUAACUGCUUUCACACUGUAGGAACUAUCCGCAAUUCUCUAGAACCUUAUGGGGGACAAUGAUGUCAUUUUGCGUGUUCGCACAUGUAGGAACUAGGGACCAGAAACUCGAGUUCUGCGAACCAUUUCAGUUCCUACUCUGAGGUAGGGACUUUCAGUGGUGCCGUAGGAACUCGAUUACAUAGGUGUUUGGUGAUAUGCUGAAAUCACGUCUACGCCUCUUCCAUACUCGCAUGUCUCGUGGAGUCGCUAUAUUUAAAAAAAAAAAAAAAAACGAUCCUGUAUUAAAUCUAUUCCAGUCUCGUUAGAUGCUGGAUUUGCCCCCCGAUGGAAACUAUUCCCUUCAAACAUGCAAGAAUUGCCGCUGUGUCCUUGACAGUCUCCAUUUCGUUGUUUUCCGUUCAGCUUUGUUUUCACGGUUUUAUUUUGCCAGCGAUGUGGGUGGCAAGUAAAUAAUGUAUCACUGGCACAGACUACAUCACAGCAGUUAAUUUCAGGCGCAGUACCCAUUUGCGAACACGACUGCCUGGUGUAGGAUAGUUCCUAUAACUGCUGGAGAGGCCUAUAGUUAAAGGAACUAAGUACUCAGGUUACUACAGUCCAAAAGCAGCUUUUGAUGACUGUCCAUCCAUGGGGCCCCAGAAGAUGCCAGUUGUACCUUUUUCAAAGCGUUCACGACACAUGUAAUACAUUGGUUAAGUUGUUGUUGCGACUUUUGGCAUGUCCUGGAAGGGGUUGCCUAGAGUCACUUGCAUGAUUUGUUUUGCACAGUUUAUGUUGUGUGCCCUUCCUGACAUGUCUCCAUAAAAAAUGUAUUUAUUGUUUCAAUGAUGAAAAGAUUGUACCUUAUGAAGUGACAGUUAGAGUGUAUCUUUUCAUGGGACAACAAUGACAAAAUGACACUUUGACACAAUGAAAAGUAGUCUGUGUGCAGCUUAUAUAAUAUAGUUCAUUUCCCCCCCCCCUCAAAAUAUCGUUAUUAAUAUCUAAACCCCUGGCAACAAAAGUGAGUACACCGCAUGGGAACGAUGUACAUCCCUAAAUGUCCAAAUUGAGUACUGCUCGUCAUUUUCCCUCCAAAAUGUCAUGUGACUCGUUAGAGGAGUGCUUUCAGUUCCCAUGCGGUGUACUCACUUUUGUUGCCAAGGGCUUGUAUAUUAAUUACUGUAUUUAGUUAUUUUGAGGGGAAAAUAAAUCAACUCUAUUAUAUAAGCUGCUCACGGACUACUUUUCAUUGUGUCAAAGUGUCAUUUUGUCAGCGUUGUCCCAUGAAAAGAUAUACUUAAAUAUCUGCAGAAAUGCGAGGGGUGUUUUGUGAUACUGUAUAUGCAUAAAAAAGAACGGCCAGACAAAAUGAAAAUGUAACUUAGCAUUUAUCAUGUUUUUAAAAUGAUGACAUUAAAUUUAAUGAUGACAUUACAUUUUAGUGAUGACAUUUCAGACAUUAAAUUGGAUCCAUGACAAUCAGGGAUUUCAGUACUGCUGUAUUAGUUGACUACGGCUUUUCCAGACUCCACGAUUAUGCAUCUGAUUAAAUUCAGACUUAUUUCACAUCAAAGUUUGGCCUACUUAACCAAGGAGGAAGUAUUUGUUCUCCAUAUAUUGUGUACUACCAAAAAAUUUACAUUAUCAUGCCUUCAUUUUACAGUGAAAAAUGACCAUUCUAAACAUGAGCUAAGACACACUUUGAGUACCUUUCUUUGGGUGAAACUGGAUUACUUCCCUCUGACUGCCUUCAUUUAUGUACUGUUGAAGCAAACGCAAAUGGGGCAGACAAACAGAGGUUUCUGUGUCUAAAGCUCAUCCCAGCACAUUAGGUCACCAUGUUGAAGUGGGUGUGGGGAAAAUAAACUGCAAAUGGUUUCUUUCCUGAGCCAAUGUUUAAAGAGCCGUCUUCUAUGUAUACAGCUAAACCUCAAUUUAAUGGACUAAUUUCAUUUCAGAUUUUCCUUUAAAUUGAAACACUUCUUCCAUACUUCCCUUGGUUUUCUGUUUACAUUUUUUUCCGUAGUGUUUUUGACGGGUUAGUGUAGUGAAAUAUUCUGCGACACACCUCAAUUUUGUUGGCACUGCACUGUCUACUUAAUGUUCCAAGAUCAGAUUGGUAGAGGUCGUCCUGAGUCUUUCCAAGCCAACCUAGAGGCAAGAGCUACAGUAGCAAGCUGUGUUGAUUGUAUAAGCAAAAAAACACCAGGCAAUUAUAUAACAAAUGGACUUCGCUUGCUAAUCCGAGGUGAAUUCCGAGUUCCUAUCAUAAAUGGAUUUUUAGGGGGGCCAGCGGCCCCCCGGCGGCCGAAGAGUGUCAUUGCAUGUAAUUGACUUUCCUGUUUGUAAAAAAGUUGUUAAAAAAAAAAAAAAAAAAACUGCAACAAAAAUGAAUGAAAUUAACAAAAUAUAUUUUUAUAAUGGGUCAGUUAUUUUUCGAACAGAUCAUGUGACUAGCAACUUAGAUGGUCAUUUGCUUUGCAUAUAAUUCCCCCCCAAAAAUUAGGGGAGGGCAAUUUUAUUUUUCAAAUGAUUUUUUUCUUUGAUUGAAAAUAUAUUUUUUUUGAUUGAAGCAACUUUUGGGGGGAUUAAAUGAUUUAGACACAAAUAAUAUGGCCCAAACACAAAAAGGAUUGCUUCAAUCAAAGAAAACUUGUUCGAUGAAAAAUUAAGUGUUCAAAUGUAAAUUUUUCAAAUCUCAAAUAUUUUUUCGCAUUCAAAAACUUUUUCCAUGAUUGAAAUUGUUGUUUUUUUGAUUGGUUAUUUUUCUUUUAGAAAAUAUUUUUUGAAGCAACUUAUUUUUUGAUUGAAUAAUAAAGACAAAAAUGUCCUAGCCAAAAUCAAAA